AUGAUAAGUGAAAAAAUAUUAAAUAUGGCGUUCAGUACAUAGUAAUGUUCAACUAAAUUAUAUUUUUUGUCUUGAUUCAUUGACAUUAAAAGUAUAAGUCUUUUAGGUGCUCUAAGGAUUAACUUUUGUACAGGAAAGUUUCAGCAGGCAUUGCGAUGUCGUGGAGAGGUCGAGACGAGCGUACAUCCCGCUGGGGUGAGAACAGGCCCCGGUCUCCUGUGUGGGAGAACCGUCGCAGCGCUAGUCCCGACAGAAGUAGGCCGUUAUCACCGAGGGAUCGGCAAAGAGAUCGACGCGAACGUCACGAAAGAUACGAUCGUGAUCGGGAACGUCGCGAUCGCGACCGUGAUCGUGAUAUGGAUCGUUAUAAUCGCCGCGAUCGCUACGACAAAACGCGUGACCGUGAGCGUGAUAGGCGCCGAUCACCUCGUCGCUACGAUGAUAAAGAUGUUCCUAAUGCACCUUCACCCCCCACUAUCAGUGGUGAUUUUGAAAAAUGCACCGAAUCCCUGUCCAGCAGCCGCUCCGGUAGUCGCGAGCGCCAAGAUAAUUUAGAAGGCUUUGAUGGUAAAUAUGACAGAGAUAAGCACGACGAUCAAGCAGCAAAUGCUUCCCCAGGGGAUUGGUUUUGUAAGUGUGGCUCGUAUAACUUUAAAAGACGACAAGUAUGUUACAGACGUAACUGCCAGGGAAAGAGAUCAGAAGGAGUCGUAUAUGGAGGUGAUUCAGAAAGAGGUAGUGCUUCUGAGUCAAAUUCUGGAAUAACAAAGAGAUUGUUAUUUAGGAGACUAGAUGCCCUUACAACUGAGGAGAAAAUAUUAGAAGCUAUAAAAGACUGGUGUUCCAAAACAGUUUUAGAUUCCAUUGCUGGUAUAACUAUUGGACGAGAAACCUUAACUGGUGCAUCAAAGUGCCUUGCGUACAUUAAUUUCAAUUCAAUAGCUGAUUCAACGGCAGCAUAUUCUGAACUAGUGUCUUUAGAUCCCCCUUUGAAAAUUGAUGGUAGAGAAGUACUCAUAACUUUUUAUAAUGAACCACAAAAAGUACAAAAGCCAGUUAAUUGUAAUUCAGAAUACUCGAAUUAUUAUGGACAAAUGGGUAGUUUUAACUCUACACAAGCAAUGUCUGAAGCUGACAGAGUAAAUGCAGCUGCAGCAGUUGCUCAGUCUGCUAUCUCAGCUGCUCAAGCCAGACAGAUGGCUUGGACUCCAGUAUCUGUGCCAGUAUUUGUUGCCUCCUCUGCCCAAGCUGCUCCUGUUGCUAACAUUCCCACCGGUGAUGGUAAAACUAUAUACAGUGCCCCAGAUGUCAGAACUUUCAUGUAUGAUGAGACAUCUGGCUAUUAUUAUGAUCCAGCAACAGGGUUAUAUUACGAUGGCAACACUCAAUACUUUUUUAAUAGUCAGACCAAUCAAUACAUGUAUUGGGACUCUACUAGCUCUACAUAUAUUGUUGCUUCACAGAACUCAACAAAUUCAGACCAGCCUAAAUUACAAAAUCCUCCACAACCAAAUGCAGACAAUACCAUCACAAAAGAGCCUGAGGAAAAGAAAAAGAAAGAUAAAGAAGAUAAAGUAAAGGUUGCUAAAAAAAUAGCCAAAGACAUGGAGAGGUGGGCUCGUACUUUAAAUCAGAAGAAAGAGAACGCUAAAAGUAAUAUAGUCAUGGAACAACCGCUCGAUACCGGAGCUAGCAAAGGUUCUGCCGAUAUAGGUUUUUCAGUGCUGGGAGCUGGACCCUCUCCCUCACUUACACAUGUCAGGGAACUGUCUCCUCCUCCUAUCUCCACUGAUGAUUUCCUUUUGAAAAAGUCUGAAAUAAACAUGUUUGAUAGUGAUGAAGGCAUAAUAGAUUGGUCAAAACUCACUUGCUUGAUUUGUAAAAGAAAGUUUCCCUCAACUGAAGUAUUGACAAAGCAUAAAACAUUAUCAGACCUUCAUAAGCAAAACCUGGCAGAUUUUAGGAAAAAGAGUGAGUUGAUGCCUCAGACUAAUGGAUACCGAGACAGGGCAGCAGAGAGGCGAAUGAAAUUUGGGGAAGAUGACCCACCACCGAUCAGAAAACGGUAUGAGCCACCAGAGGUCCAUGCACCUGUAGUGUCACAUCCACCACCAUCAGUUGUAGAUACUAUAGGGGGCAAAAUGUUACAAAAGAUGGGUUGGUCUGAGGGUCGUGGACUUGGGAAAGAGGAGCAAGGCAGGAUAGCCCCUAUCGAAGCAGAACAAAGACCAAGCUUGGCUGGACUGGGACAGAAAAGGGGCAUAUACACUCCUACACCUGGACUUACAUACCGAGACACGGUAAAGAAGCUCAUGAUAGCUAGAUACAAAGAGGUGGUGGGACAAGAAGAAGGAAAUAAAUAGGUGGGUUUAUUUUUAAUUUUUCCUACUAAUAGGGUUUUGUUGCAGGUUCACUGGCUUGAGGUCAGUAUUUUUAUUAUAAAGCAGUUUUGUUGAAAAAUAUACUUACUUUCAUUUUUAAUAUUUGUUUUAAAAUAUAUUACAAGAACUCUUGCACAGGCAACCUUGGUACUAAAACAAUUAUAUAUAAUGUUAUAAUUAAACCAACGUUUUUAAAUACUUUUUGGUCAUUAAUUUGUUAUGAUAUAUUUCUAAGAUAAUACACAAGAAAAAUGUUAUGUAUAUCGAGGAAGAACUACUCUAAAUUUUAACUGCGACACUUUCUGGACAUAAAACGCCUAGAAGUGGCUUUAUGGGUAAAUUGGUUUUGGUCGGUCAUUGCGGCGAAUACACGCACUGUCUAAUCGUUUGAUUCUGUGUUCACUACACUAGAUGUGGCGCCGCAAAGCUUCAAAGGGCCAGCGCUAAAGAUAUGCCCGGCUAACAUCUGGUGAGUUUUAUACGAAGAUGUCAUUUACUAUUAUUAUAUUUACCUAAACUUUCCCUACAGGUGUAACAGAGGUAAAUAUUAAUGGAGAAAUUGUGAGCAUCGGUGGAAUUAAUACUCAUAUGUUUUUUACAGCAUUUUCAUAAUUUCUUUACAGAAUAUGCUACAUGUCUCAUUACAAGAUUGUUUUAUUUGACAUAAUAUAAAUAUAUUUGUUGUAAAUACUGAAACUUGUAAUCAGACUUGUAGCGUGUACAAAUGCACUCAAUGUGGUUGUAGACUUUCAUCAAAGAUAACGUUCUAUUUUGAACAUUGCAAAAUUAUUCCAAUAAGUUGAAGUGUAGCGCACAAUUUAGUUCAUCCAGCGAAAACAGCAGCUUCGGACAUUGUACGGACUAUUUGAGACUUAGUUGGACAUUAUUGCCAUAGAACAAACUGUGAUACGUCCUGUGAUAUUUUGUGUGUGACAUUACGAAGAAACGGUGAUUGUGAACUUGGCGUACAGCUUACUGACGAAUGUGACCAUUUAUAUUACAGAACCGGCCGGCGGCGAGUCUGCGUGCCAAUCAAAGUUCAAUUGUUUUAAUAUGAAUUAUCAAUGAGCGAUAACAAAUUUUUGUAGCAUAUGAUUUUUCAAAAUACAAUGUUAGGUGUAUUUGUAAAACGUAUUUAUAACUUUAGUGAGUCGUAGUGCAUCUCAGUGUUUCAAUAGACAACCAUUGCGAGCGUUCAAAUAAAAAAUAAUUUAAAAUGUAUAAGUUUUUGUUUAUGAAUUUAUUACGCACAUAAACAGUUUUUAAUUUUAUUUUAAAACAGUGUUUCCGUUGAUGAUUUUGAUGUCAUUUAAUUUUUCUUUAUAGUUUCUUGGUUAUAAGAACAAAAUUAUAUUUUAUUUUACUUAAUAAUUACUUAAUAUAUAAAAAUAUUCGUCGCUUAUGAGGCGGUGGCGUGACUUUUCAUCUAAGAAUAAAAUAUUAUUUUAUUUCAUAAUGCAUUUAAAUAUAUUAGAAAUAUUUAAAUAAAUGCCUUCUGUAGGUCAGUGUGUAUAAACUUUAAAUAGAAGAGAUUUAUUUAAUUUUAGCUUUUUACAAGUUAGGUGUAUACGAAAUAGGAAUUAGGUUUUAUGUAAAUAUAGAUCUUUAGAAUAUUUCGAUAUAGAUAAUUAGAAUUAUAUCAUUUGUACUAUCACCUUAAUAAAAC